AUGGCUGCUUCUCAACGGCUUAUCCAGACGCUGUCACAUCUACAGCCCGUGCCGACACGGUUGGAAUGGUCCAUUGUAUCUGGCCCAACAACACCCAAACUACUGGAACUCACACUCGGAGAACUUCUCACUGUGCAGGCACUGCAGUAUGGGGACUACGAAUGUCUCGUAUUUCCAUGGACCGGGACACGCUGGACCUAUGCUGACUUGAAGAAUGAGUCCGAUCGUGUCGCACGGGGUCUUUUGGCCAUGGGGAUUCAAAAGGGCGACCGUAUUGGCAUCAUGGCGGGUAAUUGCGAGCAGUAUGUCUCCGUAUUCUUUGCUGCAGCCCAGGUCGGUGCCAUCCUAGUCGUAUUGAACAAUACAUAUACCCCGGCUGAGCUAUACUACGCUCUCAAUCAUACUGACUGCCGAGCUCUAUUCAUGACCCCACGCAUUGGACGACACAACAUUGAGGAAGUCCUAUCCAAAUUCGGUCCCAGCCCCAAGCAAAUUGGCACCUCUAAAUUCCUGGAGGAGAUUAUUAUCUUACGUGGGACCUAUGAAAAUUUCAACACAUAUACCGAUGUCAUCAGCCGUGGCCAGUCACUGCCCAUCCAUUUACUUCGGAAUCGCGAGGCUACUCUAAGCCCAUACGAUGUGUGCAAUCUGCAAUUCACCAGUGGCUCGACUGGAAACCCCAAAGCUGCAAUGUUGACUCACCACAAUUUGGUCAAUAAUUCGCGCUUCAUUGGUGACCGCAUGAAUUUCACUUCAUUCGAUAUCCUCUGUUGCCCGCCACCACUAUUCCAUUGUUUCGGACUAGUCUUAGGAAUGUUGGCUGUCGUUACGCACGGCGCUAAGAUCGUGUUCCCAGGCGAGACAUUCGAUCCUGAAGCUGUAUUGCGUGCGAUCUCGGACGAAAAGUGCACUGCCAUGCAUGGAGUCCCGACCAUGUUCGAGGCCAUCCUUAGUCUCCCCAAGCCUGAAAACUUCGAUACCUCUAAUCUCCGCACGGGAAUUAUCGCUGGUGCACCCGUUCCUCGUCCGCUCAUGAAGCGACUGUUUAAUGAGUUGAAUAUGACUGAGUAUACUAGCAGCUACGGUCUCACCGAGGCUUCCCCAACCUGCUUCAAUGCCCUCACAACUGAUAGCAUUCACACCCGUUUAACCACUGUUGGCAAAGUUCUCCCCCACGCUCGCGCGAAGAUCGUCGAUGCAGAUGGAAAGAUUGUUCCAAUAGGCGAAAGAGGUGAACUUUGUAUGUCCGGAUACCAGAUUGGUAAAGGCUACUGGCAAAAUCCAGAAAAGACAGCAGAAAUGUUAGUGCAGGACUCAGACGGAGUGACGUGGCUCAAGACGGGCGAUGAAGCUUCCUUUAAUGAUCAGGGCUACUGCACGAUAACAGGUCGCUUCAAGGACAUAAUUAUCCGAGGCGGCGAAAACAUUUAUCCCCUCGAAAUCGAAGAGCGGUUGGCUUUACACCCUUGUAUCGAAGUCGCAUCUGUCAUUGGAGUCCCUGACCCCAAAUACGGCGAAGUCGUUGGUGCGUUCAUCCAAUUGGCUGAUGGACAAACCCGCCCGUCUGACGAAGAUCUUCGUGUUUGGAUUCGUGAGACUCUUGGGCGUCAUAAGGCACCACAAUUUGUCUUUGUAUUUGGAGAGGAGGGUACUCCCAGUACUCUUCCUGUCACAGGAAGCGGAAAAGUUCGAAAAGGUGAAUUGCGCGAGAUUGCUGUGGCUGUGUUGGCUCGGCGGAAUAUUCAAGCUUAA